GACGAGGAAGUGAUGUUGAUGUGCGCGUCCUUCACCUCGUCCAGCGAGACGUUACAAAAGUGUUUUCUUUCUCAUAUUUGCAAGGAAUUGACUCGCGUUUUCGUGUUUUAUGAAGUGACAGCGGUUAACUAAAGGUAGUUAUCAUCAGUACGACAAAUACGGCAGGUUUUAAGGGUCCAUUUAUUCAGUGGAAGUGAAGUUUUAUUCAAACAACCACUUAUUGACAGCUACUGUUAGCUAGCCUCCGCAGGAGUGAGAGUUGCCAAGUUAAGCCCGAACUCGUAACUUAUAGCUGGACCAAAGGCCCCCAGGAUACUGUGAUGCCUGCUCCAAAUUCAUCAGAAAGGAAGGCCUGCUGGGAUGCCAGAGACCUUCUCUGGAAAUGUUUAGACGUCAACAACGACAAGUUAGAAUCCUGCCAGAACUUCCAGGGGGAGUUUGAGGCAAAAUGCCCUGCCCAAUGGGUGAAAUAUUUCAAUAAGAGGAGAGACUUCCUUAAAUAUAAGGAGAAAAUCCAGACGGAAGGAUUCUCACCUGCUGAAGGCCCCCGGGAGAACUCUUAACCACCACACAACAUGGACAAAAAAGACUGAUUUUAAACCUUAUUGACACCUUUUUUGCAGAGGUACAGGACUUAGAGAGGAGCAGCCCUCAGUUGCCACUACGGAUAUUUAUUAAGGGAUAUAUUUUUCUUUAAAGUUUCACCUGGUAUGAGGCUCUCUGGUUCUGUGCACAAUAUUUGUGGUUAUUAAAGGCAUCAUCAUUAUUAUGAACUCCUCGAUGUCGUACAUGAACAGCGCCUUGUGAUUUAUAGUAUGAAAUGUGCGUUGUUUGCAAAUAAAUUUAAAUCCGGUGACUGGUUUAGAAGGUUUUUAUUGUUUGUACAUGUAUAAUUUAUUCAAUUUUUUUUUGUUUCGUAGUUGGAUACGAAUGCUUUAUGAAGACUAAACACAAUUUCAGAAUGUUACAGCUCAUUUGAAACGGGCAAAGACACGUAAUGUUCAUAUUACAAAUCUGCAUGUAUUUACAGUAGAGUGUGGCCCCUGGAUGAAAGGCCACAAGGAGCUGUAUGAAAAACUUAACUAGAAGUGAAUAAAUUACAAAAGAAAACGGUAGGCCUGAUUCAGCCCAUGCUAACGCCUAUCCUUAUAUAGUUGUGGUAUAAAAAUAAGUAGCAAAUUAUAUGUAGAAUUUCUGUAAAAAAUAUAAAGUAUAUCUUUUACUUUACUGCACAAUACAAGAGGUUUGAGCAAACUCAUUUCACCAGUGUGCUAAAAUUACUGUGAUUGGACAAAUUGAUUUAAACUAUUGCACCAAACAACCCUGUGCUCGCUGCCUCACUUUCUCCCAUGAGGACUUUUUUUAAAUACCUCAGCAAUGUUCAACCUCCUUGUGCGUGUAAGAAUUGCUCCUCCAAGGUGAAAAUAUCUGAGGACUAAAGAUCUUGUAGUUGAACAUGGAUACAUCAUACAAUUCUUUUUCUUUUUUUUUGCAUUUUUAAACAUUAAAAUCUUACUGCAUUGACACCUGACCUUAACCAUUAAAGUAGAAUUUUUCAUUUUUAAAUGCAGCCAAAAAAAACAAAAAGGCUGAAGUAAAAAAAUAAAAUAAAAGGAAUUGAGCGGAACAGAACUGAU